UUGACGGUGGUGCGCAUCUCACCGACCGGGAAUACCGAUUUCUGGACAUUUCGGCCUUUUCCCCCGCUGCACCGUAUAAACUGUGUUUUCCUGCGAGCUGCUGCAAAAGGGAGCGGAUUGCAUUGGCGUCGCGGGGUUAAAGUGAACGAUUAUAGCGGGCAGUGUUAUGACAAACGGAGAUGACAGCCACCCAGAGGGAGCCGUGUUUGUUUUGUAUGGCGAAAUGAGGCAGGGGGUGGAGAGUCGCCACAGAGACGCUGGGCUCCGGCCAAACAUCACCGCAUAUUAGCACUUAUUUGAGGCUCGGGAUUUGCAUUGCAUUGCAUUUGCUGCAUCGUUGAUCUGCCGUUUUUUUUUUUUUUGCAAAGUGCAUGGUGGAAAAUGCAGCUUGUUUGAGGACACCCCCCCCCCUCCUGAUAUCCAUUGCUGCCAUGACAGGCAGAGGUCUCCUCUCGACCGCGGCUCGGCCGGCUGGAGAAGAGGCAGAUUGAUUUGGGACGGUGGGUUGCAUCUGCGAAUGUUGUUCUGUCUGUGGAGCCUGUAAAUACCAUCGGCGCCAACACACCGUGAUUCUUACUCAGGGAAAGAGGAGAGAGAGAGAGAACAACAUGUCUUCUCGGUCUGCAUUACCGUCUGGAAACGACAGGAGUACUGGAGACCAUCAUGCGUCGCUGGGGGCCAGCCGCUCAGACAAGGCCACCAGCCAGUCCAGCCGCUCGCUGGGCGCCCGCUGCAGGAACUCCAUCGCCUCCUGCUCCGACGAGCAGCCGCACAUUGGCAACUACCGGCUGCUUAAGACCAUCGGCAAGGGAAACUUUGCCAAAGUCAAGUUGGCCCGCCACAUCCUGACGGGCAAGGAGGUGGCAAUAAAAAUCAUUGACAAAACUCAGUUGAACCCAACCAGCCUACAAAAGCUCUUUCGGGAGGUACGAAUAAUGAAAGGCUUAAAUCACCCUAACAUAGUGCAGCUGUUCGAGGUGAUUGAGACUGAUAAGACCCUUUACCUAAUCAUGGAGUACGCCAGUGGAGGUGAAGUGUUCGACUACCUCGUGUCUCAUGGGAGAAUGAAGGAGGUGGAAGCCAGAGCCAAAUUCCGACAGAUUGUUUCCGCUGUCCACUACUGCCACACAAAGAACAUUGUCCACAGAGAUUUGAAGGCGGAGAACCUUCUGCUGGAUGCCGACGCCAACAUUAAGAUUGCCGACUUUGGCUUCAGCAAUGAGUUCACGCUGGGCAACAAGCUGGACACGUUCUGUGGCUCGCCGCCCUACGCUGCCCCUGAGCUUUUCCAGGGGAAGAAGUAUGACGGGCCCGAGGUGGACGUCUGGAGCCUCGGAGUCAUCCUCUACACGCUGGUCAGCGGCUCGCUGCCCUUUGAUGGGCAGAACCUGAAGGAGCUGAGGGAGCGUGUGUUGAGGGGAAAGUACCGCGUGCCCUUCUAUAUGUCCACAGACUGUGAGGGGAUCCUCCGCCGGUUCCUGGUGCUCAACCCCACCAAACGCUGCACCCUAGACCAAGUCAUGAAGGACAAGUGGAUAAAUUCAGGGUAUGAGGGCGAUGACCUGAAACCCCACAUAGAACCUGUUGAAGACUUCAGUGAUCCAGCUCGCAUAGAGGUGAUGGUGGGGAUGGGCUUCACUUCAGAGGAAAUCAAGGACUCUCUGCUCAAUCAGAAAUACAAUGAAGUCACCGCCACCUACCUACUACUGGGCCGCAAAGGCGAUGAGGGCAGUGAGGCUCGCACAGCCAGUAGCCUGUCCCUGGCGAGGGUACGACCCAGCCCCAUCACCAACGGCACCAACAAGCACUCCUCAGCCACGGGAUCCUCUUCCUCCUCCACCUCCUCCUCACAUAACAAGAGCCAGCGCAGUGCUUCCACCUACCACAGGCAGCGGCGACACAGCGACUUCUGCGGGCCCUCCAUGCCCGUCAUGCACCCCAAACGGAGCCCCACAAGCACAGGCGACCGUGAGCUGCGGGAGGGACGGAUGCCUUCACGUAAGGCCAGCUGCAGCGUGAUGGGGAGCCACAGCCUCCCUCCCUCCAGCCCAAUGGUCAGCAGUGCCAACAACCCCAAUAAGUCUGAGAUCCCAGACCGCCGCAAAGACAUGAUCGCAACCACAAACAACAUCCCUGGAAGUGCCAUGACACGCAGGAAUACAUAUGUGUGCACUGACCGCACAGGCGCUGACAGACACUCUCUUCUGCAGAACGGCAAAGACAACAGCUCCCUGGGCCACCGCUUACCUGCAGCGUCUCCCUCCACGCUCAGCAUUUCUGGCGCCGGAGCUGCCUCCUCCUCUUCCUCUUCAGACCGAUGCCGCCUGACCCGAGGCUCCACCAUCCGCAGCACCUUUCACGGGGGACAGCUGAGGGACCGUGGGCCCCCCGUCUACUCAGCCCCCCCCACUUCACCCACCUUGUCCCACCAUGACACCAGCCCUCUGCCGCACGCCCGCACCAGGGCAACCUCCAACCUCUUCACCAAGCUGACCUCCAAACUCACUCGCAGGGUCAACCUUGACCCGUCCAAGCGCCAGGGCUCAAACAAAUCAGUCUCGGGUUGUACUCUUCCACAAGGAUCAAAAACAGUUAGGUCACAAAUGAAUCUGAGGGAAUCAGGAGAUUUGCGGUCACAAGCCACAGUCCAAUGCCUGAACAUUUUUCUAAUAUUCCUCCCUCUCCCUAGUUGCCAUCUACCUGGGUAUCAAAAAGCGUCCGAGCCCCGGGCCGUCGGACGUGGCUGGGAUCUGAGAGGCGGUGUGCGGCGUGACCCUGCGGAGGUGGUUCUGGCUCUGCGGGAGGCGGCGCUGGGAUGUGGCUGCCAGGUCCACCAUGCCGGCCCCUUUCUGCUCUCCUGCACCCAUGGCGUGGCAGGGGGCCGCGUGGCUUUCGAGGCCGAGGUGUGCCAACUUUCCACGGGCAUCUCCGAGACUUCUAACGGGGUGCGCUACACGCGACUCUGGGGGACGCCACUAGCUUUUCGGGACAUUGCCACCCAAAUCUCUAAGGACCUUGAACUUUGAACGGAAGGGUGUGUUUGUGUACGUGUGUGUGUGUGUGUGUGUGUGUGUGUGUGUGUGUGAGUGAGCGUUCAUGUGUGUGUGCGCAAAGGGAGGGUGGGGUGGACAUAAUUGAAGAAAAAAUAGCAGAGAAGGGGCGAGGGGCUGGACCCGAGAGAAUAGACUUCUCCUUCUCUUUUAUGACUACUGCACACACGCACACACACACACACACAGAUACACACAUACCUGACCCAUAAAGUCACACAGACUGAGGCACCCCACCCAUUCACCCCACCCAGCUCAGCCAACUUCUUCACUGAGUGACUGCACCCACUGGACCUGGAUCAGACGGAAUCUAGUUCAAUAUUUUUUAUUGCUACUCUAGCCAUAAUGACUCUUUAUUUUGUUAUGUAUUGCUCUGAUCAUUGUUUUUACCCACUGUCAC